AACAACAGCCUGCAGGUCUACAGCCUAGGUCGACCAAAAGUUGUAAACCAUGCCAUCCGACAUAUCGGUGAGAGAGCCCUCUAAGUCAAGUAGUUAACCUAGGCGCUAUGUUACAUUAUUUGCAAUCUUGCUGGGGCACUUGCGAUGAGAGUUUUACUAUUUUUUGCAAGUUUAAUUAGAUUUACAUACCAGAAGAAAUGCUGUGGUCAAAAAAGUUUUGAAAAAUUCGGGGUUCAUUAGCAUCUUGAAUGUUGUGAUCAGAAUGAGUAACAGAUAUGAAACUUGUUUUGCCAUGUCAGUCUGUUUUGUGUUAAUUCAGUCAGAUAUUCUCUCAGAUAUUGUGACCUGUUUGGCCUUGGACAACUGUGGCAGGCAUUUGGUGUCAGGAUCAAGGGACACAACUUGCAUGAUUAUAGAGAUAACACAGCAGGUAAUUUGAGGAAGUAUUUUGAAGCUUCAGCUUGACUCAUUUUUUUAAAAAAAGGGAAUUGAAAACUUUUAUUUUUAAAAAUCUGUUUGGAUGGAUGGAUGCUUGGAUAUGUGGCCGGAUACUUGGAUGGGUGGGUGGAUGCUUGGAUGGUUGCUCGGAUGGGUGGGUGGGUGAUUGGGUGGGUGGGUGCUUAGAUGAGUGAGUGGAUGCUUGGAUGGAUGCUUGUAUGGGUGCUUGGAUAGUUGCUUGGGUGGGAAGGGGUGGGUGUGUUACAAGGGUGAUAACUUGUUGUUUAGUGUGUAUGUCUUUAAGUUCGUUCAUGGCUUUUAUAAAUGUACACAAGUUCAAAGAUUGGCCAAAUUUUGUCAUGUGAAAAUGUCACUGCUACAGGCUGGAGUAAGUGUGAACUUGAACCCCAAGCCACUGCAGACGUUAUACGGACAUGACUCAGAAAUGACAGCCAUUCACAUAUCUACAGAGCAGGAUCUGUUUGUCUUAGCAUUAAAGGUACCACGACAAUGUUCUCCCUUGUGCUAUUAUUACGAUGCUCUAAUUCAGUGGUUUCCAACUUUUUUGACUUGUUGGGCCCUUUUUAGAAUCAAUAUUUCUAUGGUUGAGCCUAGUAGGCCUACGCUGUUUCAACUACAGUUUCAUUUAACUUUUAUUUAUUUAUUUUGUUGAGCAGCCUCUGAAAUUUGUACAGUUAGUACUUAGGGCUCUGCUGAGCAUAGAUGCCACAAUAAACUCAACAUAGUUACUUCAAUAAAUUCAAUAUAGUUACUUCAAUGAACUCAACAUAGUUACUUCAAUAACAUUACAUCAAUAAACUCAAAAUAGGUUACUUCAAUAAACUCAGCACAAUUUCUUUGAAUUUUCAAGACCUUUUCAUAUUUUCCCAGGAUGGAACGGUCAUUCUCCACACUGUACUGAAAGGUAUACCAUGAUCUUGAGAGCACCAUCGCAGCUUGGCUAGACACUGGACAUCCCUCUGAUAUCUGUCUCGGACACUGGUCAGAUUGUGCUGUACUGCUGGAGAUGGAGAAGCAGGUAGGGGAGGGAAGAGAGAGACAGCAGGUUGGUGCUUAAUAGUGUGCUUGUGAAUGACCACCGGAGGGAAACUUUUCCAGAAACAAAUACAUUUGUUUCUACUUGUUUUGAUGCCAAGAAAUACUUUGCCUUCUAUAUGUAUUUACUUGUUUGGUUCCAGGAAAAUCUUUGCCUUCCAUAAUUUAUCUGUUCCAAGAAUGAAUCAGUGUUCUUUAUGUGUUUACUUGUUUAUUUCCAGGAAAGACUUUGCCUCCAUUUGUAUUCAGUCAAUGGCAAACAUUUGUUCAGUGAACCACUCAAGUACAGCCUGGGAGACUUGUGCAUGUCUGGGGAUCAUCUAAUCCUGGGCAACAUGGCGGGUCAACUCGUUGUUAUGGAGAUCUUUGGG